AUGUCCGCAAAAUACGCCUUCAACAAAUCCCUCAAAGAACUCCGGUUCCUCUUCUGUCAGACCUCAUCCCACAGCGAUGCCACGCGAUCAUUCUUGAACCGCGCAUACCCUACCAUGAAGAAGAAUAACCCAUAUGUCCCCAUUCUGAUUCGCGAGGCGUCGGGGACCGAGCCGAAGGUUUUUGCUAGAUAUGAGUUUGGAAAGGAGAAGCAAGAGCUGCUAUCUGGCUUGACGGAUAAAGAAAUCGAAGAAAAGGUUACGACGCUCGUGAAGCAGGCUCUUUAA